AUGGCUCCCUUCCGUCUAGACGAGGGCUUCUCGGAAGAUGCGUCGAGUCAAGAUGAACACGGGCGCAUGUCUACAGCCACGGCUGCCCGCUUUCAAGAAUGGGUCAUGGCACAGAAUGAACAGGCACGUGCCGAGAUUGCAUAUGAAGUCUUACGAACACUACGCACUUCCAACAUCGCGGCUGUAGUUGAGAGGCUAACGCCGCUCCUCCAUAUCGACCCGUUGGAGAAACUGCCUCCAGAGAUCACCUCACAAAUAUUUUCCUACCUCGACGCGGAGACCCUGUUGAUUGCUUCCCUGGCGUCAAAGACAUGGAGAUCACGAAUCAUGGAUACGAUGCUGUGGCAGGACUUGUACAAGAAAGAAGGAUGGGGCCUCAACACAAAGGAGAUCAGGCAAUUUGAAAGCGCCCUCAUGCGACAUGAGUUCAAAAAGGCAAGAGCGCAGCUGUCGGGCCAGCCCCAACUCAAGAAACGGGCAACAUCUGACUGGUUGGAGUCGAGAGGACGAAAAGUUUCUGCAGAUGUCUCUCAAUGGCGAGAGCAGCAUGGAGUAAUUGAGGCCGACACCGAUAUGCAAUCCGAAUCGACUGAUGACCAGGAAAUGCAAGACGCUCCCACCAGCAUCCACAACUCUCCACAACGGCCAAACAAGAGACAAAGCGCAGAUUCGGGCGACGAGAUGGACUAUUCGUCGGAUACGAUUCUCAGAGAUGACGCUCAUUCGAGUAGUAGAAGCAUCCGCUACCUCGACCCGCCGAUCAAAACACGACUUAUAACCUAUGAUGGCAAUGGGGAGGAAAAACUGAACUGGGUUCAUCUUUACAAGCAACGGCAGAAGCUCGAACAGAACUGGACCAAAGCGAGGUAUACUACCUUCCAACUCCCUCAUCCCUCAUAUCCCCGAGAAGCACAUACCGAGUGUGUCUACACCGUCCAAUUCUAUGGGAAGUGGUUGGUGAGCGGCAGUCGGGACAAGACGUUGCGAGUCUGGGAUCUUGAGACUCGUCGGUUAAGGGGAAAGCCCUUAACCGGCCACACUCAGUCAGUUUUGUGCCUUCAAUUCGACCCGACCGAGAAAGAAGAUGUCAUUAUUUCCGGCAGCAGCGACGCCAGCGUCAUUAUCUGGCGAUUCUCGACAGGCCAGAAGAUCAGUGAGAUCCUCUCUGCACACGAGGAGUCUGUUCUGAACCUGAGGUUCGACCAUCGGUAUCUAGUCACCUGUUCGAAAGAUCGACGUAUUAAAAUCUGGAACCGAAAGGCCUUGACCGUUACAGAUAAAGACUAUCCUGAGAUCGGAGGCGAAUGUCAAGCACGAGUACCAUCAUACAUCAUCAACACCGCGGACAUGGAGCCAUCUCUUCUAGAAGCCCGCCUCGCCAACGGCUCGAUCCGGGCCCUGAAACCAUUCACGUUGCUGAUGACCCUUGAAGGACACAGUGCCGCCGUCAACGCCAUUCAGAUCCACGGCGAUAUCGUUGUGUCGGCCUCGGGCGACAGGCUUAUCAAGGUCUGGAACGCCAAGACUGGACGACUGCUCCGAACGCUGCAGGGACAUCAAAAGGGAAUCGCUUGCGUCCAGUUUGACAGCAAACGGAUCGUCAGUGGGAGUAGUGACAACACCGUGCGAAUCUAUGACCCUUUUACCAGCGGCGAGGUGGCUGAACUAAAAGGGCACACUAACCUUGUGCGGACCGUGCAAGCCGGAUUUGGUGAUCUCCCAGGAAGUGACGAGGAUGACCCGGCCCAAGCAAGGGCGGCUGAGAAGAAAUAUCUCGAAGAUCUUGAGCAAGGCAAUGUUGUCGAGGAGAGAGGACACCGCCGGCGCGAUAGGGGGGGCAAUGGGACGACGUCUGUACUCACACUGGGUUCUCGAUUACCACCCGGUGGAGGCGGCAGCAAAUGGGGCCGGAUCGUCUCCGGCUCGUACGACGAGACCAUCAUUAUAUGGCGCAAAAAUGCUUCUGGAGACUGGGUUAUUGGACAGGUGUUACGGCAAGAGUCAUCGUCCCAGAACCAAGACAAUCACUCUCGAUCACGGCACAACGCUGCCGCUGGUCACGCUGUUGCGCAGCACCAUCCGCUGCCAGUGAUGCAUCCUCCUCCAAACUUGGCUUCGCCCACGACGGCGCAUCCUCCUCCACCACCACUCCAACUUGUACCUCCUGCCACCACUGGUCCUGCGGGCACAGCCCUUCCCGCUGUUACAUCAGCAUCGCACAUUGUCCAGCAAGCAAUGGGGGCAUCAAUCGCCACUCUCGGCACUGGUCUUUCCAACGUGAUGAGCAUCGGGAGAGUGCUCAAUGGGGUAGCUGGCCCUGGAGCUCCGCGGAACAGCCUGAAUCUCACCCGUAGCUUCAGCUCCAGCUCCACGGUCAACGGGAACAACGCACAAACCCUAGCAGGGGCCACUGCGGCGCAUACCCAAGCAGCUGUUUCUCAAUUCGUGCAGAAUGCAAUCAUCCAAGCCCGGUCACAGCAAGCGCAAGCGCAGAGUCAGCAACCAUCAAAUGCCAACGCUGCACCGUCAACGGCUGGUCAACACAAUGCUCAGCAACAGCAACAGCAACAGCAACAAAAUCUCCUUCCGCAUCAUCCGGCUCCCGUUCAACCUCAACCAGGAACGUCUCCGGCAGCCGCCGCAGCGCAACAGCAAUUGGCUCAACAACAGGCCCAGGCCCAGGCCCAGGCUCAGGCUCCAGCCAACAACCAACCGAUAGCUGGCAAUGCAGAGGCCAAUGCCACGAAUGGGACCAACCAAAAUGCCGUGUCUCGAGUGUUCAAAUUGCAGUUCGACGCCCGUCAAAUUGUGUGCUGUUCGCAAGACAGCCGGAUCGUCGGGUGGGACUUUGCCAACGACGAUCCCGAGAUCAUUGAGGCAUGUCGAUUCUUCGUCGGGCCGUAA